AUGUCUCCUGUCCGUCGAAUCGCGCAAAUUGUCCAUCUCAAACCAUCCGCUGUAGCAGCUUACAAAGAAUGCCAUGCCAACGUCUGGCCCGAGGUUCUACAGCAAAUCAAAGACUGCAACAUCCGGGACUAUUCGAUCUUCUUUGACAAUGACAGGACGUUGUUCUCAACAUUCAAGUAUAUCGGCUCGGACUUUGAGGGUGACAUGGCGUGCAUGAAGGCCAAUCCCAAGGUGAGGGAGUGGUGGGCUAUGACCGAUGGAAUGCAGGAGAGUCCAAUUCCUGGUGCUGUGGGUAGCGCAGAGGGUCCUGGGUGGUGGAAGGUGUUGGACGAAGUGUUUUAUACGGAAUGA